AAUCGGGCUCUUCAGUGAUCAGUCUUCGUUCAUUUUGCUUCACUAAUAUGGGAGCUCUAUCCCUAUGUCCACUCUCCUUUUCUCCUCCGCUCAGACACCGUAGCUUCCCUUCACCUCUCCAUCUCUGCAAUUCGAUUUUCGCGAGCUCGCCAAUGAAGCUCGCAUCCAGAAACUCCCUCAGUGGAGCCUUAGUUAUUCAAAGCAAUCGAAAUGAGUCGGGGGAAUCACGGUUCCUGGAUGAAGACGGCGUCGUUGAUGAUAUGGACGGCUAUCUGAACUACCUCUCUCUAGAGUAUGACUCCGUCUGGGACACCAAACCAUCUUGGUGUCAACCAUGGACAAUAAUGCUUACUGGAGCAUCAGUGAUUGCUCUUAGCUGGUUAAUCAUGCAUUCGGUGGUGCUCACCACAGUUGUUCUCUCUUUGAUUUGCGCCUGGUGGUACAUCUUUCUAUAUGCUUACCCCAAGGCAUAUUCAGAAAUGAUAGCUGAGCGUCGGAAAAAGGUGAAUAGCGGUAUUGAGGACACAUUUGGUCUAAGAAAGAGCCCAUGAUUCAUCAAACGAUUGCAUUGAAAUUAGUUGUCAUUUUCCCUUCAUCUAUGUAAAUUACACCUUGAACCAGAAUGUAUUGGAUAAUUGUAGCAUAUUCUUUUCCUUUUUGUUUGAGCUGAACAUGAAUGUAAUUUGCCUGAAUAUGUGCCUUUUGGCAUUGAAUAGAUUGAAAAUGAUGAUUAGUCAUGAA